AAACGAAAGUGACAUCCGCACAGCGAGAUUCGUCAGCAGAGCCAAAAUAGCAAGCAUCAUUAUGAGAUCGCGCUGAUCGACAAAGUGCUACGAAUUUGGUGCAUCAAAACUAUUUAAAAGAAAAAGAAAAAAUAAUACAAAACAAUAAUUUUGCCACAAAUUUUCUAAAUCAUUUUUCUUUUUUCAAACCAAAAACAAAUACAAAAAAGUUUAAAUACAUACAUAUGUACAUAUGUAAGUGUGUGAUGUUUAAUAAUUGCAGUUAUGUUAUUAUACUACAACUACGUGUAUAUAAAUAGUAUAAAUAACUGAGUAUAUAAAUACAAAAACAACGCCACAUUGUUGUGCUUUAGAGAAUUGCAGUAGUGUAUAUGUAUAUGUAUAUGUACAAUUACAAAUAAGCGUUCAAUUCCUUUUUAUAUAACAAAUACAAAAGAAAAUUUAACAAUAAUUACGAAAAACGAGCUGAAAAAGCUUACAACAAAUACAAAAUGCAAGCAGUCAAAUCGAAAUUUGCAAAUAUUUUGAAUAUUUCAAUAACAAAGGAGAGACUGUUGCCGUAUUUCGCAGCUCCUGUGCUUUUCCUGUUGGUUGUGUUAAUAUGCCAACAUCUGCGUCCUAUCGGAAUUUUCUUCUUGGCAGUUUUCUUCUACUGGAUCUACAACACACGUUGCAAUUUUCGCAUUGUACCACCACCUGAAUUGCAACAAAAGUACAAAGAAUAUCUAAAACGAGUUCAGGACUUUCGUAAACAACAUACAAAUUUGACGAUGUGCUUUUAUAUCUUCUCCUUAUCCUCAUUUAUAUUCUUUGGUCAUGUGGUAAUAGUAACCAUACUCUUCAUUAUCAUAUACCUACUUGGUCUUAGGUAUAUAGAACAAUGUUCAUUGGAUUUCUCUCGGCCAAGAUAUCGUAAUGUGACAUACUCCGAUUUGGACACGAGCAGAGAGAAUGAUGACGAAUCGACGGCUGGUUCGGAGACGGAUUAUGAUGAUGAAUUUUUACCAGAAAAAAAUUCCCGAAAUAUUAUUUUAUUAGAUCGUGCUUGCAGAGACUUCACAUUACACACAGCACCCACAGAAAAUACCGAGGAUACCGAAGAUGAAGACGAUAAGAGUGAUGAUAUACCAUCGGAUCUUUUAAUAAACGAUUCGAUACCGGAAUUGAAUGAGAAUUCCACCGAUGAUGAGGACGAUCUAAUGCCACUUAUCGAUGCUGAAAAGCAAAAUGUUGAACCAUCAACUAGUGGUGGUGGUGCCAAAAUGCAUUUCCAAAAAUCCCAUUUUAAAUCUGAUUCAACGCUUGCCAUCUCCUCAUCAUCUUCCGAGGAGAGUUUAUCGAAAGGUUUAAAAUUUCCCGAUGCCGAAACGGUCGAUGGUGCACGAAGCCAUAGUGAUGCGUCAACGGUAAAAUCGGCAAAAAUUGAAUUACCACUUGGUAGUAAUUUAGUGCCAACGGCGUUGGUAAAUAAUUAUGACAGCAUUAGGAAUGCUAUAAAAGCUGCUGUGAUAGUUGCUACACAAGAAUCACCGGAUGAGGUGUCAUCUGAGAGUGAAUUUGAGUUCCUAGGUUAUGAAUAAGAACAAUGCUAAAAACCAUAUACUCAGUACUAUAUGGUUUAAUCCAAAGAUACAUACAUACAUACAUGCAUACAUAUACUUACAAAUUUAUGAGUAUGUACAUACAUAACUGCAGAAGAAAGUUGAUUAAAUUAAGUGGAGCACAUUCAAAAAUUAUACAUAUAUAAAAAAUGUAAUGCAUAUUACGUUACAGUGUACUUAUGGAUUUUUUAUUUUUAUUUUUUUUACUAUUGAAAAUAUGUACAAUAUAUUCAAAACAUUUUGCCUUUAUCUCAAUGGAGGGCUUAUAUAUUUAAAGCCCAAUAGGCUCAAAUCAUUUAAUGUAUAACAAAUACAUAUAUAUAUAUAUAUAUAUAUGUAAAUGCAUACAUACAUACAUACACCGGUUGACUUCAAUGCGACAUUUUUACAAGUUAAGUUUCCGAGAUCACAGUUACACACAAUGCCCGCAUGUAAAAACUUCGUAUCAAAGAUUGAUGAGAAUUUGCAAAAA